UUCAUAUAUAUGGCAACUUUGCUUCGAUCUGUCACUUUUUUGUCAAUGAAGCCGUGAGGUGCUCGUACACAUUGUAAAAAUUAAAUUAAUAUAAAUAAAAUUUUAAUCAAAACAGAAUUUAAGUGCCAAUUAUGUUGAGGUAUUUCCUCGACAAGUUUUGGAAUGAAGACGUGUGGUUACCGCCUAAUACAACAUGGGCAGACAUCGCUCCUGGUCCCGAUAAGGCGGUGGUUUACACCGAUCACACGCACGUUUUCUAUCCUAUACCGUUAGCAUUUGUGUUUAUAUUGGUGCGCUACGUGUUAGAGAGAUUCGUUAUCGCUCCAUUUGGCACAUAUUUGGGCAUAAAGAACACGAAGCCGCGACGAGCACCGAACAACCCCAAGCUUGAGAAGAUAUACAAAUCCUCGCCUAAACUAAAAGAGCCAGCAGCAUUAGCCAAAAAGCUCGAGCUAUCAGAGCGCGAGAUACAACGCUGGUGGCGCCUCCGCCGCGGCCAGGACAAGCCCUCGACCCUGGUCAAGUUCAGCGAGAAUGCCUGGAAGGUGGUCUUCUAUACUUGCAACUUCACCUUCGGGCUUUAUACUCUGUGGGAUAAGGAAUGGCUGUGGGAUAUCGACCAGUGUUAUAUUGGGUAUCCUCAUCAGGGCCUCACAAACGACAUCUGGUGGUACUACAUGAUAUCGGCAGCGUUCUACUGGUCGCUGACGAUCUCGCAGUUCUGGGACGUGCGGCGCAAGGACUUCUGGCAGAUGUUCGUGCACCACAUCGCCACCAUCCUGCUGCUCUCCUUCAGCUGGGUCUGCAACCUGCACAGGAUCGGCACACUGGUGCUCUUGCUGCAUGACUGCGCUGAUAUAUUUGUUGAGUCGGUGAAGGCGUCCAAAUAUGCGAAGUACCAGAAGCUGUGUGAUGCGUUGUUCCUGAUGCUGAUCGUCGUGUGGAUCGGUACGCGCGUCGGCAUAUACCCCUUCUACCUCAUUUGGAGCACAUCGAUCCGGGCACCCAUGUUACUACCGAUGUUCCCGGCGUACUACAUCUUCAACUCGCUGCUGUGUCUAUUGCUCGUGCUACAUAUCGUGUGGACCUGGCUCAUACUGCAGAUCGCUUACGUCGCUAUUAAGGCCGGACAGAUGGACGGCGACAUCCGAAGCUCGAGCUCGGACCUGAGCGACAGCCCGCACAACUCCAACCACAGCUCGCCCACCCGCUCCAAGAGUAGAAAAAGUGAAGAAUUAAUUCCAAACCCUCCAACGCCGAAUGAAAGUAGUGAAACAUCUGAGAGCUUCCAGACUUGGGAGGAUCUUAUUUUGUAAAAAUGGACACGUAAACAGUUAGUCUUCAAUACAACACCAGAGUCUCACACCAACAAAACACAGCAAAACGCUGUGUCCAUAACAUUUGCACGAAAUUUUUACCGUGCACCAUCCAUUGCGGCAUUUCUCUUUUAACACCAGAUUAUUCAUAAAAAAAUCCUGUUGAAAAUACGCAAUGGAACGCAAAAUGGUCUAUAAGAGCUGCUGAUUCCGAGUUUUGCAAGUUAAAACGUAAUUAUAACUCGGCUGAAUUAAAGAGUCGUGUUUUUCAUCACUUAAUUUGAAUAUUUCCCUUUCAUUCAUUUUGCCGGAAAAUAACGUUUACUAUUUCGUAAGUGAGAGCGUUUAUAAUACGACCAAAGGCAGAUGUCAGUUUUAUUAAAUGAACACUUCUAAAAUGAAAGCUUUGUAAUUAAGUUGUAUGAUGAACUUUAACUUGCAAAACUUAGCACUCUGUUGCGUUUCAGUUCGUAGCUUAGUUAUGUAAUAUAUUGUAUUUGUGAGGUCUAGCUUGAAAUGUUGACGCUUUGGUCAUUUGAUUGAAUUUAGUGAAGGAACGAUGGGAGUCGCUAUCGGUCAUCAGUUUUUAUCUGCCGUCAAAUAUUACACAGGACUUUAUGAUAGGUACAUUAUCAAUACAUACUUCUUAGUACGGACAUUAAAAAGAUCUUUUUAUUAUCUUGUAAUUUCAAGAGUUUCUUUCGACAUCUUUAAACCUAUGUUAGUAAAAGUCCUGUUUUAUAUUUUUGCAGAUGAAAAUGUAUGCGUAAAAUUGUCGCAACAAACGAUAAUGAAUAGAACAAAUUAGCUUAGGAAUAUAAAUAAGAUACCAUUUGAUAUUAAAUCAAUGAAUGCGAGGAUGGGUAAAUUAAGGAUGCUUAUAUGAAGAAAGGAUGAUCUUUUUAAUGAAUACUAUAAGACCUUAGGGUUAACUACAUAUUGCUUUACAACGUGUACCCACCUGAGUUUAUAUUACUUAAUUCAUGUGGGCCAGAAGCGAGACAUAGAUGCAUUGAUCUUGCGUUUUUAAAAUUGGACUGACUUUCAUACAAGCACCCUUCACACAAUACAACAUCAAACACCGAUAGUAAUUCCCAUCUAUUGCUGGUAUUUGUUACGUCUUUACAUUGUAUUAACUCGUUAGAUAUGACCCUUAAACCAACUUGAAUCGAGUCAUAUUUAUCGAUUUAAAUCGAUGAAGUAAUCGAGAUUAUACGGAAUAACUGAUAGUGAGGCCUCAAGGCUUGUAGCACUUAGAACAAUAUGGAGGCAUUAGUUCUAGAAACUGCCGCGACAAUGGCGCUAGUGGGUAUGAUCGAGAUAUUAUAAUAUUAGAAAUAUUAUUAUUUUUAGCACAAAUAUCAAUAGCAAGACGUUUAUCUGGAUUUUAUUUAUAUCUCACAUGAGUAGUGUGUUUGUCAAAAUUAAAAAAAAUACACAACAUUAAACUAUUUUGAGAGACCACUGGCACCAUUUAGCGGUAAAAUGCACUCCUUUUAAAGUCCAUUCAAAUAUUACGUCGCGUUUUCAAAGCUAUUUUUACCCUCAUUUUAGUUUGAGGAGUUCAAAUCUAAUUAUAAAAUUAUUCUCAUGUAUUUUUUUCUUAAUUAAAUUCUCAUAAUACUCUAUGGAAAGUUUUGUUUACGUGGCGUAAUAUUAGCGUGGACUAUUUAUGUUAAUGUUUAUAAAUACGUAGCGUAAGCUCAAUGUGUAGGUGUAAGCGGUUGUUCUACAGUGAGACGGACCAAACAUAGGUUUUGUUCGUGUGGUGAAGCCAAAUUGUAGCUGUUUGUAGUUCAAAAAUAACUAUGGGCCGGUAUAAGAGUUUAUAUACAAAAAUAUGCAUAGUUUACCACAGAAAUUAACUUCAAAAAUCAGUGUGGAUUAUUUUGAGUUC